GAAUAAGAAGAUAAGUUGAGAGAGAAAGGUAAGUUACAGAGAGAAGAUCAAAAUGGCAGACUUGAUGCAGAGAAUCAUGGAAAUGAUUCAGGCUGAGGAAGCAGCCAAAGCCUCCAACAAUGGUUCUUCCAACUCAUUCAACAAUCACUCCUCCGGUCGCCAGGAUUUCGGCGGCGCAACCAUCAACAGUGGCCAAUAUGCUGGAAACCGUAACAGGUUUAACCACUCAAACCACUACGAUGAACAGUUUCUGAAUAACAGUGGUACUUUUAAUGGUAACUGCAACGGUGGAACUAUCCAGGGUGGCUUUGACGCCCAAACGAGGAACUUCUACCGUCGUCCUUAUUAUUAGUUUCUUUAUUUCAUACUAACUGGGAAAUACAUAUACCCAUAAAUAAUGCAGAGCUGCAGCUCUAAUGGUAUAUGUAAUAAAUGUAAUGGUUUUCGACUGUUAUCUAAGCCCUAAUCUAAUCUUCUAA